AUGAACUAUCAAUCAAAAAUCUAUCAAAAUCUUCGAGGACGUAUUGAACAAAGAAUAUUAAUAGAUAAUUAUGAAACUGCUCGUCGUAUUAUGGAGAGAAGUGCUCCACCAAUUUGUUUUGCUGCUUAUCUAAUAAAUGGUACGGAAAUGCAAAAUAUAAGUGUAUUUCGUUUUUAUAUAUGUAGAUCUCAAAAUCCACGAUAUUUUGUUGAAGAUCUUGCUGAACAUAUUCAUCAAGCGCGAAAAGAAUGGAAUAAUACUGAACGACAAGUUCAAGAACAAAAAGGUUCAGAUAAAACAAUAAAUGAAAUUAAAAUCAAAUGUGGUCGAUUAGGAAAAAAAUUAUGUGAAUUACAAUUAAUUGAAGCACCAAAUAAUUCUAAUAUGGAUAAUUGUGAAGCAGAAUUAUCUGACUAUGAUACUCGAAUUGAAGUCAUUCAACAACGUAUUAAAGACAAAAAAUCUAAAACAGAAAAUAAACCAUCAGAAUAUCGAUAA